AUGGCCCGGGCCGGUGGGGCGGCGGCGGCGGCGGCGGGGCGGCGGCAGCGAGCCGGGCUGCUGCUGCUCAUGGUGCUGCUGCCCGAGCCGGGCGGCCGGGGCCGGGCCGGGGGGCGGCGGAGGCGGCGGGGAGAGGGCGGUGAUGGCGUUGCGGGGACCCCCGGGCCGCCCCCCGGCCGCCCGCUGCUGCUGCUGCUGCCGCUGCCGCCGCCGCUGCCUCCGCCCCCCCGCGCCGCCGCCGCCGCCGCCGCCGCCCGCCCGGAGGCGCUGCCCCGCGGGGGGGUCCCCAUGAAGGAGGAGCCGCUGAGCGCGGGGCUCCCCGCCGGCCGCUGGCUGCAGGGGGGCACCGGCAUCCUGGACGCCAGCACGGCGGCGCAGAGCGGGGUGUCGCUGGCCCGCGCUCACUUCGAGAAGCAGCCCCCGGCCAACCUGCGCAAGUCCAACUUCUUCCACUUCGUGCUGGCCAUGUACGACCGCCAGGGCCAGCCCGUGGAGGUGGAGCGCACCUGCUUCAUCGACUUCGUGGAGAAGGAGCGGGAGCAGAACGGGGAGAAAACCAACAACGGGAUCCACUACCGGCUGCAGCUGCUCUACAGCAACGGGCUGCGGACCGAGCAGGAUUUGUACGUCCGCCUCAUUGACUCCAUGUCCAAGCAGGCCAUCAUUUACGAGGGGCAGGACAAGAACCCCGAGAUGUGCCGGGUGCUGCUGACGCACGAGAUCAUGUGCAGCCGCUGCUGUGACAAGAAGAGCUGCGGGAACCGCAACGAGACCCCCUCGGACCCCGUCAUCAUCGACAGGUUUUUCCUCAAGUUUUUCCUCAAGUGCAACCAGAACUGCCUGAAAAACGCCGGGAAUCCGCGGGACAUGCGGCGCUUCCAGGUGGUGGUGUCCACCACGGUGCACGUGGACGGCCACGUCCUGGCCGUGUCCGACAACAUGUUUGUCCACAACAACUCCAAGCACGGCCGGCGCGCCCGGCGCCUCGACCCCUCCGAAGCAGCCACCCCCUGCAUCAAGGCCAUCAGCCCCAGCGAGGGCUGGACCACGGGCGGUGCCACCGUCAUUGUCAUCGGGGACAACUUCUUCGAUGGCCUCCAGGUGCUCUUCGGCACCGUGCUGGUGUGGAGCGAGCUCAUCACCCCCCACGCCAUCCGCGUGCAGACGCCCCCCCGGCACAUCCCGGGGGUCGUGGAGGUGACAUUGUCCUACAAGGCCAAGCACUUCUGCAAGGGCGCCCCGGGACGCUUCGUCUACACCGCCCUGAACGAGCCCACCAUCGAUUACGGGUUCCAGCGGCUGCAGAAGGUGAUCCCGCGGCACCCCGGGGACCCCGAGCGCCUGCCCAAGGAGGUGCUGCUGAAGCGCGCGGCUGACCUGGUGGAGGCGCUCUAUGGGGUCCCCCACAGCAACCAGGACGUGCUGCUGAAGCGGGCGGCCGACGUGGCCGAGGCGCUCUACAGUGUCCCCAGGGCCCCCGCGCAUGUCACUGUCCCCUCCUUCGGCGGGGGACAGCUCGGCCUCGCCAUGGGUGACUCCCCGCAGGGCUCCGAACAAGGGUUCUCGCGCAGCCCCGGGACGCCCCCGGCGCGGGGGUUCGGCCCCCCGGGCUCGGCCCCCCAGCCCGGCUUUGCCGGGGCCACCGGCGGCUUCGGCGGGGCCACCAUGGCCGGCCUGGGCGUGCCCGGGUCCCCCCCGAGCUUCCUGAACGGCUCCACCGCCACCUCCCCCUACGCCAUCCUGCCUGCCAGUCCCCCUCUGGGCUCCUCAUCCGUCGCUGUCACCUCGGGCGGGGGCACUGCCACCUCUCCGGGUGGCUUCUCCUUCUCCCCGGUGACGAUGAUCUCGGCCGUGAAGCAGAAGAGCGCCUUCGCCCCCGUGCUGCGCCCGCCGGGGUCCCCCCCGCCCGCCUGCGCCAGCGCCCUGCAAGACCCAGCUUUCGAGGACUCAGACAAAUUCCACGCUCCGGCGCGGCCGCUCCAGGGAUUGGCCUAUUCCUAAGGACGGCGUCUCCGGAGGGGCUCCGGAUCCCCCAUCCCGCCGGGACAAGGACUGGGGACAUCCCUGUCCCCUCCCCUCAGAGCUGGGCGGAGCCGCCAGGCCCAGCGGGAUGAGGGGACCCAGCCCCCUGAUGUCCCCACCCCGGGUGGCCCUGGCCUGGCCCGGCUGAGGGGGGACUCGGGGAAAUCCUGGAAUGAGCCAAAAUUCCUGGGUUUGGCCUCGGGAAGAGGUGGAGAGAGCCGGGAAUGGGGCGGAGAAGGGAGAGGGGUGGAGGCGCCGGGAUGGGCGGGAGGGGUGGUCCAGAAUGGGAGGGAUGAUCCAGAAAAGGAUGGAUGAUCCAAGGUGGGAUGGAUGAUCCAAGGUGGGAUGGAAGCUCUGGAAAAGGAUGAAUGAUACAAGGUGGGAUGGAUGCUCCGGGAUGAGAUGGAUCAUCCAAGGUGGGAUGGAUGUUCCGAGGUGGAAUGGAAGCUCUGGAAAAGAAUGGAUGAUCCAAGGUGGGAUGGAUGCUCUGGGUUGAGAUGGACACUCUAGGAUGGGAUGGAAACUCCAGGUCGGGAUGGAUGUUCUAAGGUGGGAUGAGUCAUCCAAGGUGGGAUGGAUGCUUCAGGUGGAAUGGAUGAUCCAAGGUGGGAUGGAUGCUCUGGAAUGAGAUGGAUGUUCCAAGGUAGGACGGAUGUUCUGAGGUGGGAUGGAUCAUCCAAGGUGGGAUGGAUGCUCUCAGAUGAGCUGGACACUCCAGGAUGGGAUGGAAGCUCUGGAAAGGGAUGGAAGUUCCAAGGUGGGAUGGAUGUUCCAAGGUAGGAUGGAUGCUUCAGGUGGGAUGGAUGUUCCAAGGUAGGAUGGAAGCUCUGGAAAAGGAUGGAUGAUCCAAGGUAAGAUGGAUGCUCCAGGAUGGGUUGGAUGAUCCAAGGUAGGAUGGAUGAUCCUGGUGGGAUGGAAGCUCCAGGUCAGGAUGGAUCAUCCAAGGUGGGAUGAGUGCUUCAGGUGGGAUGGAUGUUCCAACAAGGAAUGGAUGCUCUGGAAAAGGAUGAUCCAAGGUGUGAUGGAUGCUCCAGGAUGGAUUGGAUGAUCCAAGGUGGAACGAAAGCUUUGGAAAAGGAUGGAUGAUCCAAGGUGGGAUGGAUGCUCUGGGAUGAGAUGGAUGCUCCAGGUUGGGAUGCACAAUCCAAGACGGGAUGGAUCAUCCAAGGUGAGAUGAAUAUUCCGAGGUGGGAUGGAAGCUGUGGAAAAGGAUGGAUGAUCCAAGGUAAGAUGGAUAUCCAGGUUGGGAUAGAAACUCCAGGAUGGGUUGGAUGAUCCUGGUGGGAUGGAUUAUCCAAGAUGGGAUGGAAGCUCUGGAAAAGGAUGGAUGAUCCAAGGUGGGAUGGACUCUCUGGGAUGAGAUGGAUGCUCCAGGUUGGGAUGCAUGAUCCAAGGCAGGAUGGAUGAUCCAGGUGGGAUGGGUGUUCAACAUAGGAUGGAUACUCCAGAAAAGGAUGCUCCAGGUGGGAUGGAAGCUUAAGGAUGGGUUGGAUGUUCCAAGGUGGGAUGGAUGAUCCAAAGUGAGGUGGGUGAUCCAGGAUGGGAUGGAUACUCCAGGAUGGAAGGGAUGUUCUAGGUGGGAUGGAUGAUCCAAGUGGAAUAGAUGUUCCAAUGAUGGGUGGAUGCUCCAGAAAAGGAUAAUCCAAGGUGGGAUGGAUGCUUCAGGUUUGAAGGGACGUUCUAGGUGGGAUGGAAGGUCCAAGGUGGGAUGGAAGCUCUGGAAAAGGAUGGAUGAUCCAAAGUGGGAUGGAUGCCCUGGAAUAGGGUGGAUAUUGAGGAUUAGAGGGAUGAUCCAAGAGAAGAUGGAUGCUCCUGGGCAGGGGGGAUGAUCUGGAGUGGGAUGGAUGGAUGGAUGGAUGGAUGGAUGGAUGGAUGGAUGGAUGGAUGGAUGGAUGGGUGGAUUGAUGGAUGGAUGGAUCCUCCAA